AUGGAAAUGAACACAAAGGGGAACAGAGAAAUUAAAGUAGGUGUUUAUAUGACUCUUAUCAGAAGUAAGAAGAGCCCAGCUGGACUUCACUCUCGCCUUUUUCACGAGUUCGAAGGUGACGCCAGCAACGCCAGUAUCGGCUCCGGGGAAGGCACGGAGGAGGAUGAGGAUAACAAGAAGAACCAGAAGAAGCGAGGAAUUUUCCCCAAAGUCGCCACAAACAUUCUCCGGGCUUGGCUCUUCCAGCACCUCACGCACCCAUACCCAUCUGAGGACCAGAAAAAGCAGCUGGCGCAGGACACAGGCCUAACUAUUCUUCAAGUCAACAAUUGGUUCAUCAAUGCACGGCGUCGCAUAGUGCAGCCAAUGAUUGAUCAAAGUAACCGCGCUGUGCCGCACUUUUCAGGUCCCGCGGGUGCCUACUCUCCCGAGGCGGCUUCCAUGGGCUACAUGAUGGACGGUCAGCAACAUAUGUUCCGUGGAGCAGAUCCGUACACCGAUCAUGCUGCAGCUGCGGCGUACUACGGGCACCAAGCGGCCGCAUACAAUUACCCUCAUCAUCUAUAGGUCCGCGUGUAGCGGCGUAGAGCGUCUCGUGAGCGCGGUCGGCCCUGACGCCCCAGCAAGCCGGAGUCCAGACGACCUUGACUUGUCUACGCCGUGCCCACGACGCGUCGGCGACGUGUCCACGACGUUGAGAGUGUUCUGAGGUGUAUUUUUUUUAAGUGUGUGUCGGCGGGACCGGCGGCGACAGAGAGAGACUGUCGUGAAGCGCCGCCGGCCGCCCUUCGCUGCGACGCGGCGGCGGCGUCAGGGGAACUGUGUACAUAACCUUAGCGUCUCGUGCAUAGUGUUUGUGAGGACGGUCAGAAGGAGGCGGCGCGAGCUGUGGCCAGGAAAGGGGGCACGGAAAGGGGGCGUGGCGGAGGGUAUACGACGACGCUUUUGUUACUUUCGGGCAGGGCAUGACACCCGCCUCCUCAUUCCGCCGCACGGGCGUGUCCUGUGGGAAGUGCGUGUGUGUGUGUAUGUGCGUGCGUGCAUGCGGUUGCGUGCAUGUACGUGCGUGCGUGCCCGUAUGCGCCCAGGGCCUUCGUGUCGAGGGAACAGCGGGCGCCACAUCCAUCUGCGGCCUCCACCUCAUCCACCUCGUCCACCGCUGUCGCCCCUCGCCUUCCGCUGCCACCACCGGAAGCCCGACGCUGAAGCCUCCUCCGGUGCCUCAGGGCGGGCCGCCUCUCGUGGUGGCAGCAGUGACUUCAGUGACAUCUGCCCACUUGACUGAGCAUCCCGAGGGCUCUGCUUGAAGGGGGGGGCGAGGCAGCAGUGGCAGGAGCAGGAGAAGCGAGAGGAGCGGAGGAAGGAGCAUCCCCCCCCCCUCUACCCCCCCUGGAGCACAUGUGGAGCUCCAGGGUAGAAGGAGCGUGUGACGUCAUACGAUUGGUAAAGAUGUCGAUUUUUUUUGUUUUUGUUUUUUCUUAAUUCAGUGACCAGCAAAUCGGGAAAACAAUGGACAAUGACUUGUGUAUUUUUCGAGUGUAUUUAGAAAUGACCUGAGAGAGAAAAAGAAAGAGAGAAAGAGAGAGAAAAAAAAAGAUAAAAGGUCUUUGGUAAAUUCUAAACCAAAUUUCAGAAAACAAAAAGAAGCUACAUCCGCCUGCUACCCCCACCCCCCACCCCCCCCCCACAUCGCCGCCAUGCGCCCCGGGUCAAAGGUCAAGAACUCUUGACCUAAACAAUGACCUAAGCUCGCCUCUGUGACCCCCCAAACUCAGGAAAAGUGUGAUGGCAGGAUGAACCAAGCAUGGUGGUAAUUUAGCCUACCCGAAGUGUAAAUGUUUUGACUCUUUUUAACUACCCGACCUUUUUUUCAAUCCUUUUCUUUUUUUUUUGACCCCCUUUCCUUCCUUCUCUCCUUCUUUCCUUUCUUUCUUUCUUUUCCUAUUCCUGCUUCAAUCGUCUGAAACCGAUAUUCUUCUUCAUUUCCCUUCCCUCCUUCCUUCCCUCCUUCUCUCCUUCCUUCCCUUCUUUCCUCCUUCCUUCCCUCUCCUUCCUUCCUUCAUCUCCCCUCCUUUGUUUUGAUCCUUGUAAAUGCACUUAAGUCUCGUUUGUUAUCGGGUGUUGACCCAUCCCACCCCACCAUCAUCUACAUACAUGCAUACAUAUACAUAUAUAUAUAUAAAUAUUAUAUAUAAUAUAGUAUCCUGAAUUACCAUCGGUUGGAACACCGAUUACCUCACUCCCAGACCGGGUUAAGAGUCUUAUCAACGUUGAUCAACAUUAACACCUAACCUCUCUGACAACUCAACCUCGAUUUGACAAGGUGUAAUGACCCCCCCUCCCCUCCCCUCCCCUCCCUUCCCUCCUUUCCCUUCUCCCUUCCCUCUUUUCCCUCUCACUCUCACUCCUUUCCCUCCCUCCUUGUAAAAUUUGCAAUCUCAUCGAACUAUCUGGCUAUCCCAUUCUCCCCCUUCUUCUCUCUUUCUUUCCCUCCCCCAAUUUCCCUCCCCUCUUCCCUCUCCCCCUAUUACCCCCUCCCCCUCCCUUCUCCCCUGUUACCCCCUCCCUUGCAACAUGCCUGACCUUUGCACUUUGAUAUUGCAGAAAGUAAAAGCGAUGGAGUUUCCCCACUGGCGGAUGUAUACGACUGUUCAUUUUGUAUACGAUUGGAUCUUGUAUAUUGUAAUGUUCUAUCUCAUUAGGUGGUUUUGAAUGGUACUUUUUGGACAGACUUUCUGCAAUACUUUGUGGAUUUGAUUGAUGAUAAGUAAAAAAAAAAAUGAAUAAAGUAGAUUUAAAAAUGAUUGCGGACAUGAUACCUCGAUUUUGAGAGAUGGAGAACAUCAGUAACAUUAAAUAAAAAAAAAGUUGAAUUGUAGUUAUUAGAAAAAAAAAACUGAAACAAAAACAGAAACGUUUACCAGCGUAUCAUAUAUACAAUAAGCCUUGUGAUAUAAUGGUUUUCGAAAAGUGGUCAGAAGAAAAAGGGAAUACGAACAGAGAGAGAGAAAUAAAUAAAUAAAUAAAUAAGGAAGAAGUGUAACACCUCCCCCCCCCUCACUGAAUGCAAUAACUCCAUAACACGCUUCUUGGUGGCUGGUGUAUCAGCCCCCACCCCCCCUCCCUCUCGUCCCUGCAAGGAGCGCUAGAACUCCGUCAGAAACAAGAGAGAGAGAGAGAGAAAGAGAGAACAGGCGUAAGCAGUAGUGCCAGCUCCGCAAGACGCCAGUGUUACCACCAUCUUUAUAGCAUUAUAACGUAAUAUUCCGUUGUUGCCCUCCUCCCCUCCCUCCCUCCCUCCCUACCUCCUUCACUCACCUCUUCCCCAUCACCAUCAACCCCAUCAUCUUCCUGUCUAUCCUUGUCCCAUUUCUUCCCGUUUUUUACGUCUUCCUCUUCCCCCUUUCCCCCCUUCUCCCUUUCCCUUCCCCCUUCCCCCUCCCCCUUCCCCUUCCCCUUCCCCUCCCUCCUCCCUUCCCUCCCCCCCUUUCCUCCACAAACAGGACAACGCUGGGAACUUUUUUUUUUGUCUGGUAACACUGUGGGGACAGCUCGCUACCCCCCUACUUAACUUUGUAUAAUAGGUAACAUUUAAAUAAAAAUAAAAAGAGUUAAAAAAUACGAACAAGAAGAUAUAAAAUAAAAAAUAAAUAAAAUAAUGAAUAACCAACACACUUUUCACACAUGCAGCAAUAUUGAUAUUAUUUCUGUGAUGUUAUGUGUUAUAAAAAACCUGUUUGGAUGCCCGCUGUAGAGCAUCAAAGGGAACGUGAGUGGGAUUUCUGUACUGUUUACUUGUUUACUCCUCGAAGGGUAAACAAACAGAGGGAACAGCCCGUGACACGCACACUCACCUUCGGCGAUCUAUGAUAACUGAUUAUUGCUUUGUUAUUGUUCCUUUUUUUAUAAUUAUUAUUAUUAUUUUUCUCUCGUGUCUUUCCUAUGUAGUAAACAAAACAAAACAAAAAAAAAAGAAGAGAAAUUUUCCAGAUAGAACGAGCUGUCUGUGUAAGUGGUAAGUGCACCCUUUGUAUUAAUGAUUUAAAAACGUUAAAAAAAAAUCAUAAAAAUUUAAAGUGAGUAAAUUUUUUCCCAUGAGAGACAGAUGAAAAAAAAAAGUUUAAAAAAAGAAAAAAAAAAUUACAUCCUGACCACAAAAUUCAGCAAAUUUCAUUUUUUAACGAUUCGGGGUAUUCUAUGUAUGAUGUGACCUUGUUUUUCUUCCAAAGGGUGUGACCUCGGGUUUCCAAAGGGCGAAACCGGGGGGGCGCGGGCCUGACCUGUGAAGUUUUUCAAUAAAAAGAGAGUGUAUGGUUUGGAAGUUUGGAAGGGUUUAUAUAUUACUAUGAGCAGAUGUGGAAGUUUUAUUUUGGACUGACAGAACCCUCGUUAACUUAAUUGAUGCUGAGAAAGUGCUUGCAAAAUAUUCGGCAGUUGUAUACUAUCAGUGAUGAGUGUUUUUUUAUACAUAUUUUUUUUUUCUUGGAUUUAUAUAUCAAUUUUCAUACCUUGUACUAAUUUCAUUGCAUUGCAUUAUGUAUAAUUCUUUUCUGAAUUAUGGGAAAUUAUGAAACAUCAUAUUAUUUUCGUAACUGUUGAGGAAGAUUUUAAACAAUAAAACAAAGGAACUAGUUUGUCUUACUACUGAGCUCUUCUGUUGCCACCUUGUAAUAUUAUAAAGCUGUUUUUGGCGUCAGUGGACCCUGUAUGGUUAGGUAACUGUGUAGUAUUAAAAGUCUAUCAGAUUUCCAAGCUGCUUUUUCUUGGUUUUGUAAAUACAGGACAUCGUGAACCUACCACCGCCUCUGAGCUGUGCGGUGCUGUAGUUGCGAUAUUUCUACAGUGGUUGUAUAUUUGUAUCCUAAAUUCAACUUCUCAUGAAGAAAACAUUGUUACAACAAAGUUCAAAAUGUCUGCAAUUCUGUAAAAUACAUUUUUUAGCUCUUAUAAUAGACUCAUAAGAAUUUAGUUAUCCGUUAUCCAAAUUCUUCUUUCCAGUCUGCAUUCAAUGAAAGCAUGAAAUGCUGGAUAUUUGUGUAUAUGAUUUUUCCAAAAAUAAACGUGUUUUAAACUAUG